GACACCUUUGUCUUCUUCUCCUAGUCGUGCUUCUAACUUAAACUUAUCUCGCCCACAUUGGCCCUGGUCGCCGUAUAAUCAUCGCUCAAGCCAGUCAUCAGUGUCAGUGCAUUCGACUGGAACCGCACAAGGAUCGACAUCAAGUUCGAGUUGGGAUCCACGAGUUGCUUCUUCCACCGCGAGUCCAGGAAGCGCGAUGUGGUCAACCAGUCACUCUAUGGCUAGGCAGACACCCAGCGCGACCCCAAUGCCACUGGGGCAGGACGACACUAUUAGGCAUUGGUCGUUCAUGGCGUUUGAGUGGAUCGUAAGAGAUGUUCACAAGCUUCGUGAGUUCGUCGAAGGGGACCAGCCGAUUGUGACGGGUGAAGGAGCGAGUGAGGACGCGAGCGCGCAUGCCUUCGAGAUAUUGAAUGAAUCGCCGAUGUUGGGAGACCAGAAGUUCAAACUUGAGAUUGCCCGAAUACAACCUCCACAAGAAGCUGCUCAGGACUCCCCUCUCAGCCCUUCUUCGUUGUCUCUGUAUGUCACGUCUGAAUAUGAGGUGUGCGCGUCCAUGCUGGCCGCCAUAAAGUGCCAAGAUGACCGUGUCGGUGAGCGAGGUGCACGCGCGAACUGGGUUUGGGAGUUUUGGCAGCAUGACUGGGCGUUUCGCCAGGAGAACGAAGUGUGGGAGUGCCCGCUUCCACCUCUAUCCUCCCUCCUCGAGAACCCCAGGAUCAGGGAGACCGAUUCCUUCGUCAUAUGCAUACAGAUCCACACACCGGUUGGCCCUUUCUUUCCUCAACAUCCUUCGGCUUACUACGUUCCUCGUGAUUUAUUGGACGGGUUAGAGGCUUCGUUGGACAAUCCCAAUACUGGUGAUGUUCAAUUCGUCUGCCUCGAACGCAUGCCGUCCGACCAGCGACUAACUCAACCAGAGUCCCCAUCUCAUACUGCCACCCAGCACAGUCGACGUUCAUCUUCGUCUGCUUCCUCCCAUUCUCUCUUCCAUUCGCACACCGUGGCCCGUAAACGGGUAAUAUACGCCCACUCAGAUAUUCUGAAACGUCGGGCAGAGUAUUUCAACACGAUGUUGUCCUCGGCCUUUUCUGAAUCUACAGGAUUGGGAGGCCGUAAGGUCUACACAGUCAUUGUAGAGGAAGGAGAUUUUAUCACGAUAUAUUGGCUACUGAAAUGGGUCUACGCCAAUUGGCUGCUCUUCAAGGAGGAAGACGACGCAAGAGCUGCCGUAGAAGGGGCUGGUGCAGGCUGGAGCGCAAAAUGGUUGACGACGAGUGGCGUUGCUGGAGAAUGGGACUGGAAGACGUUCAGCAAGAACGGUAUGCUGGAAGAGCUCAGCCUCUCUGGGAGAGACGAUGUCCGCAGCGUUACCAGCGGCGAAAGCGCACGCUCGACAGGAGGUCCAGAGGGACAGGUGCCAACGGGCCCACCAACUGGUGAGAUUGGCCAAGCAAUACCGGCGCCUGGGUCGUCAAUACGUCAGCGUGUGCCGCCAACACCUGCAGGUCGGAAUCCACAGGCUAGCUCUGCCUCCACAUCAAGGACGCCACACUCUACCACCUCGCGUCGCCCCGUUGGACCUGGAGCCCCAAUGGGAAUCACGGUUCCGCCUUCUUCUAGUCGAACUAAACCUGUCCCUAUACCUGCUUCUUCGUCUCGUUACCCUAUCUCACCUCGAAACCAACGUCAAGAAUCCCACUCGCCCGCCACAACGCUAACACCAGACCCUCACGUUCAUCCUACGCCUCCAGCUCCGGCUGCCUCUGCACUUUGCAUGUACCAAAUUGCGCAUCGAUACGCCAUACCUGCGCUUGCAUCUCUUGCCCUCGAGCAUAUGAUGUCCACGAUCACGCCUCAGAGUAGUUUUCCUCUCUUAUUGGCAACGACAGUUUUCGACGAGUUGCACAGUCUUGUGGAGGACUAUGUCGUGGAGAAAUGGGACGAAGUCUCGGUUUCGGAAGAGUUUGAACGGUGUUGUGAAGAAAUCUCUAGUGGAGAUUGGGGCUCCGAUGGUGGCAAAACCCUGAUGGCAUUGUUUCGACGGCUUCGCUCACCGACUGCGUUGUCCUACGCACGCAGUUGAGUUGUCUGCGCGUUCCUCACGCUUCUCACGUCUGGCAUGUAAGAACUGUACUUUUAGUGGCUGGAUCCUUGUCGCAAUACCCUUGUUUUACCUAUACACAUUCUAUUGAUGACAUUCAUGGUCGGAUAGGCACCUGCAUUGUGAUGGUUCCCUGUCACUGUUCAGUUGCUCGAAGUCUUGAAUACAU